CUCAGUCGCCGGCGGAGAGUCGUGGGUAAACAGCCGUCCGUUCUACUGCGGUGUGCGGAGAUUACGACGCUGACUGACUGUUAGGAAGAUCUUGUACCGACGGCCGGUCUGACUUGAGCGAAUUUGAGCUGUGUUUGCUGCGACCAAUAGCUGAGGCUGUCACGGAAAGCUUGGCGAGAUGACAUCCAUGGAAAUGGAGACGCCGGUGCAGUCGCUUCUAUGCCUGGAUGGCGAGCGGGUGGAAGUCCCGAUUAUUGACGACGACGAGCCUUUGGGGGAUGUGGUUCGAAAGUUGACCAACUACUUGACCUCGGCGAUCCCCGAUGUGGCGUACACGUUUGAGCAGAUGAGGUCCGCACCCGUGGGGGGUCACUACCUGAGAUCGUUGAUUGCUUCGCUCUCUGAGAACUCUCACAACCCGUUAAUCGUGUCAGCUCUGAUGGUUGUUCGAUGGCAAUUCAACAAUGUCGAAGAUGAUGACUGGGGAUUGAACGACAGUCGAGCACAGGCGUGUGAGUAUGUGGCUUGGCAGUUUCUGUGCCACUUGACUCGCCGCGAGAUUAUCGAUUUCUUGCUUCAAGAACUUCCAUCGCCCAGACACAACUCCAUUAGCAUGGCAGAAAUGGAGAGAGGGCUGUCUGGCUUGUCGGUUCCGGCGGCGGAGUCGAGUGCACACGUGGAAGGGGAGCGAACCCCUCUCUUACGAAGAGCCUCUUCGUCCCUCCAGUAUCUGUUUGGCUCCAGGAAGACUGUCGACAGUCCCCAGGGCACGGAGGGGAGUCUGACAAAGACGGACGAGAGUGUUAGCGACCCGUACUCCUUUUUUCGGGGCCUCAAUGCUCUUGAGAUCGCAACUAUCGCGCAUGCCAAAAAGUUUCUCGCCCAGAAGGUUGUCCAGCGGGUUAUCAACGAUAUCUGGAAUGGCGAGAUUGUGUUCUGGGACUCGCUCAGCGUGCACUCUCGGAAACGGCCACACGUCUUCAACAAAAGAACUGCAGACCCAUAUUCCCGCCUAAGGGUUCCCAUCUACCGCAAGGCAUUCGAGGCGGCUUUCUUCAUUUCCUUCCUCCUCCUGUACUACGCCGUCCUUGUGGAACGCAAAUUCACGGGCAUAGGCAUAUUCGAAACCCUGAUGUACAUCUGGAUUGCCGCUUUUGCGUACGAUGAAUUUGGGGGUAUGACCGAUGCAGGGAUCGCAUUCUAUCAGAUGGACUUCUGGAGCGUCUGGAAUCUGGGCAUUAUUGGCACCGGCAUGGCUUUUGUCAUUACAAGAGCUAUUGGGCUGGCUAGGGAUAGCGACCCCAUCACCGAUCUGUCAUUUGACAUUCUGUCCCUGGAAGCUUUGUUCCUUGUCCCUCGGAUCUGCUCGCUAGUCAGCCUCAAUGAAUAUUUCGGUAGUCUGAUACCAGUGCUAAAGGAGAUGACCAAGUCGUUUUUCCGGUUCCUCCCAGUUGUCGUGGUGCUAUACCUAGGUUUCCUGACAACCUUCACGAUGCUUGCCCGUGACCGACUUUCCCUCCGCGAAAUGUCCUGGAUCUUGGUGAAAGUGUUCUAUGGAUCAGCGAACCUGGGAUUUGACAUUGCGCACGAUAUUUCCCCCAUCUUUGGCUAUGGAUUGAUGCUGGUGUUCAUCUCCAUGACUAAUAUCCUGCUGAUUUCGUCGCUGAUCAGUUUGAUGAGCAUGAGCCUCGAAGGGGUCAUGGCACAUGCUCGUGACGAAUACCUUUUCCAACUGUCGAUCUACGUGCUGGAGAGUAGUAAUUCCCGCCGCUUGACGUAUUUCAUGCCUCCACUGAACCUCAUUCCACUUCUGUGUAUCCGACCCAUGCGACUGUUUCUUUCCGCAGGAACGGUUCGUCGGGUGCGUAUUGUAUUGCUCAAGGCGACUCAUCUACCGUUUGUCGCCUUGAUUGUAGCUUAUGAAGCUGGUCGGCGCUACGUCUCGCGACGCAACACCGUGCUUCCGUCCAUGUCCACCCUGCCGGGAGACACCCGCCAGGCCUCGACGAUCCAACCAGAUCUGUCCUCUCGGUAUUCCCUGCGUCUCCCCGCGUCUGGAGGCGCGCAUCCGCAAACCCCAGCGCCCGGCACCGGACGUACUGGGCACUCUCCCAGUCGCCCUUCCGGCGCGCGCGGACCAGGUGCUGGGAGGGCGAACUUGACCGACGAGAUGGAACAACUCCGCGCUCAAGUGGAGCGGCUGGCGACAGCAAUAGCAUCCCAUGCGCGAGCAGUACGUGAGGAGGAGAACUGAUCCAGGG